AUGUCUUUGUGGGUCGAUCAGUACAGGCCAAGGUCCUUGGAUGCACUCAGCUAUCACCACGGUCUCUCAGAGCGUCUGAAAGCUUUGGCUGCGUCAGGCGACUUUCCACAUAUGCUUUUCUAUGGUCCUUCAGGCGCCGGAAAGAAGACACGUAUCAGUUGUACGCUAAAGCAACUAUUUGGUUCUGGGGUGGAGAAGCUUAAAAUUGACCAACGAGUGUUUCUCUCACCUUCGAAGCGGAAGAUUGAAAUAAACAUUGUACAGAGCAACUAUCACAUCGAGAUUACACCGAGCGAGGCUGGCAACUAUGACCGAGUUGUAAUUCAGGAAUUGCUCAAAGAAAUCGCACAGACACAACAAGUGGACAUGGGUGCAAAGCAACGUUUCAAAGUGGUCAUCAUCAACGAAGCUGAUUCACUCUCAAGAGAUGCCCAGGCUGCUCUUCGCCGAACAAUGGAGAAGUACAUGUCAAACAUGAGGAUUAUACUUUGUGCGAAUAGCACAAGUCGUCUAAUCGCCCCAAUCAAAAGUCGUUGUUUGCUCAUGCGCGUAGCUGCUCCCAGUGAAGAUGAGAUGCUAGCAGUACUGCAGAGCGUGGCCAGACGCGUUGGCUUCGAUCUUCCCCCUGAGGCCGGUACCAAAAUUGUGGAAGAUUCCAACGGAAAUCUAAGAAAAGCUCUUCUCGUACUUGAAGCUCUGAAGAUGCAGUCACCAGAUUUGACUGGACCUCUAUCAAUAGCCAAGCCUGAUUGGGAAGUGUAUUGUCACAAAGUGGCGGAUUUGAUCGUCUCAGAGCAGUCCCCGGCCAGGGUUAUGGAAGUGAGAACGAAAUUUUAUGAAUUGUUGAGCCAUUGUAUACCCCCGACUGUCAUUCUAAAGACUGUGGCCGAAAGAGUUGUUGACAAAGUUGAUGAAUCUUUGAAAGCAGAUAUCAUGCAUUGGGCAGCGUUUUACGAAGUCCGUAUGCGAAAUGGAAAUAAGAAAAUAUAUCACCUCGAGGCUUGGGUGGUAAAAGUGAUGAGUUUGUACAAGCAAUUUUUUUAUAAUAUCGAUAUGUCGGAAUUCGACUAA